AUGCGCAUUCCGAUCAGAGAACAGCUCGCUGGCUUGAUCCUACUGGCCGCUGCCAUCGGCCUUGCUGUCAUAUCCAUAGCAACAUGGUAUACCAACCACAACUUCGUCCUCGAGAUUCGUACGACCAGACUUUCCUUGACCGCAUCGCUCAAAGCAGCCCAAAUCGCAUCCAACCUGGCCCUCAUUCAAAACAGCGUGCAGCUUGUCUCGAGUCGAAUUGUAAUGCAGUCUGCACUUAAGAGAUACAACCUGCAAGGAAACAACACUGCCGCAAACUGGGAAGCUGCUCAAUCAGAUUUCGAAGCCGCUAUCGCCGCUCCUGCUUCUGGUGCUGUCGGCCAGGCCCUCAUGCUGCAGGGUAAAAUCUUUCCACGUGAUGCCGAUGGUCCCAAUGGUCGCUAUUCGGUCCUGAAUGCUACCUCGGAGGGCAUCGAGUCUAUUCUUCUUCCUUACAAGGCACCCAACGGAAGUGAUGUCUACCUGAGUGACACCGACUAUGGCUACCCUCCCGAGCUCUACCCCAACCUGACUUACUUCUCUGUUCCAAUCAACAGUACCUACCGCGAGUCACGCGCCAUCUACAACGGCGAGGUGCUCAAGGCUCCCAAUUCCACUCUGCUCUUGGGUCCCUACGCUGUCAACGAGUCUUUCAGUCUCUUGUCUCUUACCAUGCCUGUCAUCAAUAAUACCUCGUCCAUUGACGUUCUGGGAUGGUUGACCAUUGUCUGUGAUGCUCGUUUGAUCGGUAGUGUUGUUGACUCUGCCGAGGGCCUAGGCUCUACUGGUAUGACCCUUAUAGUCGGCCCUGCUAACACCACCAAUCAUUUUCCUGAGGGCUUACUCUACAACUCACCCGAAAACGGCACAGUUGAUCCAGCUGAUAUUCAAGGACGUUACAUUUGGCCUCUACCUGAUACGUUCCCGCACCGCCAUCCUGACUCCUCAGGCCAGGUCGAGCCUCCAUCUUUUCCCAUUACGAGUUACCCAGCUGUCGUCACCGCUCUUACCCAAGACCAAUAUUCGAUGGGCAAUGCUGGUGGUGACAUCAGCACCCAUAACGAAGCUGGAAAAGGCGUUUCUGUUGGCUUCGCUCUUCCAAACACCGCACUCGUUGAUUGGGUCGUGAUAAUCGAGCAAGACAAGAGUGAAGUGUGGCAGCCUAUCCGUCAUCUGCGCAAAGUCCUUUUGACAUGUAUCUUCUCGGUUCUAGGCGGUGUCAUUCUCUUCGCUUGGCCGCUUGCCCACUUCGCAAGUGCUCCCAUCCGCAGACUUAGAGAAGCCACGCGUAGAUCUGUACUGCCUAUGGGAUAUUCUGAGAGCAACUACAGCCGGGAUUCGCAUGACAUGUUCAACGAUCCUGACGGCGAUGGAAGCAAUGAUGAGCAAGCGGACGCAGUCAUCGCUCGUAAAGAGGGCUUCUUUGCAAAUGUGAGUAGCUGGAGCUCGAGGCACAAGAAAUCCCGGAAAGACCGCAAAGAAGAACAACGAAGGCGCCAAUUCCAUAUUCCUGGCAAGGUCAAAGAGCGUAAAACCUGUAUCCAGGAUGAGUUGACUGAUCUUACACGGACUUUCAACGAAAUGUCGGACGAGCUUAUGAUGCAGUACGAGCGUCUGGAAGAAAGAGUAAAGCAACGCACUGCAGAACUGGAACUCAGCAAGAAGGCUGCCGAAGCGGCCAAUGAGAGUAAAACGCUCUUCAUCGCCAACAUCUCGCACGAACUCAAGACUCCUCUGAACGGUAUUCUAGGCAUGUGUGCUGUUUGCAUGCAAGAAGAAGAUCCGAUUAAGCUCAAGAGAUCUCUGGGCAUUAUCUACAAAAGCGGAGACCUUCUUCUCAACCUCCUCACGGAUCUUCUCACCUUCAGCAAAAACCAGGUCGGUCAACAACUGAGUCUCGAUUCCAAAGAAUUCCGACUACGUGAAAUCAGCUCACAAGUCUUGGCAAUUUUCGACAAACAAGCAAAUGAAGGACAAAUCACUUUACGCGUUGAGUUCCAGGGUGCCGAAGCGAUGAAUGGUAUAGUCUUCCCUUCGGAUGAGGAUCGCAAUCAAUACGGCCCGGCUGGUACAGGACGCGUAAAAGACAUGAUUCUUUGGGGAGACGUCCAUCGUAUCUUGCAGGUUGUUAUCAACCUCGUUUCGAACAGUCUAAAAUUCACCCCCGCGGGUGGCUCAGUCGUCCUCACGGUUCGUUGUACAGGCGAAGCUGCAGAAGUCAACAGCCGAAAGACCUCUCUUCAAUCUAAGAGCUCGAAGCCCAUCUCUAGCAGGCAUAAGAAUUCUGAUGCUUCGAUUGCGGGACCUUUUGGAACCAAGAAUUCAGCCACUGCCAACGAAAUCAACCCCUAUCGCGAACGAUCUGACGCAUACGCACACAUUCUCGCUUCUGAGCGACCGGCUUCCCCACCUCCUGGGCGAACUCUUAUGUUCGAAUUUGAAGUCACAGAUACAGGACCGGGUAUUGCAGAGCACCUUCAGCAACGAAUCUUCGAACCUUUUGUCCAAGGCGACCUCGCCCUUAGCAAAAAGUUUGGUGGUACCGGUCUAGGUCUGAGUAUCUGCUCUCAACUAGCUAAACUCAUGAAAGGCACUAUCGAACUAGACAGCGAACUUGGCCACGGCAGCACUUUCAAAAUGCGGAUACCGCUGCGGCACAUUGUAACUAGGUCUGACAGUACUGCAAGCUCAGUCGUCGGUAAUAGUAACGACGUCGGGCUUGGGCUUGAAGGAGUCCGUUCGCCACAGCGUGUCAGUCAACUCAUCACUGAUGAUGCACAGUCGCAUCUGUCAGGCCACUCGCACAGUAGCACCGGCCAAUCUCCAACGGUCGCACAGGCUCAAGUCCCUAAUGUACAGAAUUCCUCACGAGAUGCGCAGCCUCGCCUGGUGGGCUUAAGUCAACCUUACUUUUCAUCAAACCAAGCCAUGGAGUCUCCUGGUUCUCAAGCAGCAGCAAUGGAGAAGAUUACCAAAGAUGUCAAGGAGACUGGCAAGAUUCGUGUGCUUGUUGCUGAGGACAACAAGGUGAACCAAGAGGUUGUUCUGCGUAUGCUCAAGCUCGAGGAUAUCUAUGAUGUGACGGUCGCAAAAGAUGGUCAGGAAGCCCUGGAUUUCGUCAAAGAAAGCAUGACUGCUCCUGGAAGAAGUCCUUACAACCUUAUCUUCAUGGAUGUCCAAAUGCCGAAUCUUGAUGGCCUUCAAUCAACACGACUCAUCCGUGAGAUGGGUUACGACGCUCCUAUCGUUGCCCUCACUGCAUUCGCGGAAGAGAGCAAUGUAAAAGAUUGUCUAGAGUCGGGCAUGAACUAUUUCCUCAGCAAGCCUAUCCGAAGGCCCGCGCUCAAGAAGGUGCUCAAAGAGUACUGCCCUCCCAUCAUGGAGGUCGACGAAGACGUCAGCCCUAUGGCAGAGAAGUCUCAACCGAAGGUAACGACGAAAGCUGCACCCCAGGUGCACGAAUCACCAGUGCGAAAUCAAUCUCCUCCGCCGCGACCAAUGUCUCCUGCCAUUUCAGUGCAUUCGAUUGGCAACUCGAGGACCAGGACCACCAUCGUGAACCAGAACUCCAGGCCCAAUUCACUAGAUCUGCCUGGGGCACCACGACUGUCGAGCGAGAAUUAG